AUGCGCGCCUCGUCGUUGCUGCUGCUCGUCGUCUCGACUCUGCUGGCCCCGACAGCUUCAGCAGUGCCCUCAUAUCCUCAACCACCACCGCUUCCGCAGCAAACAUCACAUCGUCCGGCAUGGCGCUCCGUCACCGACGCCAUCGUUCGCAACAUCUGGAGCCCGCCAGCAGACUCUCGACCUGAGCCUGUCGCCAAUUCUCCUUCGCACCACAAGCACAGUGACGAUGUCGUUGUUCGAUUCAACAUCAGCAAUGCCCAGGACGCCUCAAGCCUCGCCGACGCUGCCGACACUCUCUUCCUCGACUUGUGGGAAUUCACCGACGAUUGGGUCGAUAUCAGAAUGCAGAAAGACUUGAUACCGUCGUUGCUCGGCCUGUUACCUUCUUCGCUACACCAUUCCCACGCUUUGCUCAUGGACGAGUUCGCUCUUCAAAAUGCUAUCUCAGAUACAUACCCUUCUUCCCGAUCAACCCGUAUGCUGCAUCAGUCCAACGGUCCUACCCACCAUAAUGCUUUCGCUCCCAAGCUCGGGGUAUCUUCGUCAGACAACAUCUUCUUCAAUGACUACCAACCUCUAUCCGUCAUCCUACCGUGGAUGCGCCUCAUGGCUUCCCUUUUUACUACCCACGUGCGUGUUGUGAAUGUUGGCACUACCUUUGAAGACCGACAAAUUCCAGCCCUGCGCAUCGGCGUCCACCCGACCAACAAUGAUUCUCCCACGCGUCGCAAGACCAUCAUGAUCACUGCUGGUCUUCACGCCAGAGAGUGGAUCUCAACCAGCACUGUCAAUUACAUUGCGUACUCGCUCAUCACUGGCUACGGAAAGAAUCAUGUCAUCACUGCUCUUCUCGAGGAGUUCGACUGGGUCCUCGUGCCCACUGUCAAUCCAGAUGGCUACACUUAUACCUGGGAGACCGAUCGCUUGUGGCGCAAAAACCGUCAACAGACUUCUUUGCGCUUCUGCCGUGGACUUGACCUCGACCGAAGCUUCGAUUACCACUGGGACGGUGCCGCAAACACAAAAUCGAAUCCCUGUAGUGAGUCUUUUUCAGGCUCCGAGCCCCUCGAGGCCAUUGAGGCCAAGACCCUGGCAGGCUGGAUCCGUAACGAGACUGAGCACAACAAUGUUGACUUCGUGGGCCUGCUGGAUCUGCACUCGUACUCACAGCAGAUCUUGUACCCAUAUUCGUACACCUGCGACGACAGUCCUCCAAACGUGGAGAACCUACAGGAGGUCGCUGCCGGCCUGUCGAAAGUCAUGCGUCUCUCAGGCGGACGCUACUACCAAUCUGCUCCCGCUUGCGAAGGCAAUGUCGGUUAUGCCGCUACCGGCGACCGCCAAGUAUUCCCUCGCUUCGAGACAGGCGGCGGCAGUUUCCUCGAUUGGUUUUACCACGACCUGAAAGUCAAGUAUACUUACCAACUCAAGCUGCGCGAUCGCGGCACCUAUGGAUUCUUGCUGCCCAGGGAUCACAUUGUCCCUACGGGCAAGGAAGUCUUGGAUGCUGUGAUUUACUUUGGAAAGUUCCUGGGUGGCCAGCUUGACUUUGCUACUGCUGGAGAUGAAGAGCAGAGUGAUCGCGAGCAGACUGAGCAAGGCCAAGCCGGCGUGGAUGAGAUCGAGGAGAUGAUUGACGAUGCUGACGAGGACGUAAUGGUCGAAUUGAGGCGGCGGAGAUGA